UGUGUGACGCUGUGUGUGAGGGCAGUAUCCGAGAGCAGUAUCCUGAGCUCCAGGCUCUCAGUCAUUCACUCAGACUCACACACACACACACAGGAGGAGGUAUUGCUCACUGGUGCUCAGACACACACAGAGGAAGAGGAGGCAACAGUGAGAGACAAAAGGUGAUUAAAAAAGGAGCUGCAAAGCACUAAAACAAAAGAGUGACAGAAAAACAAGAAAAGAUGACAAUUGGCAAGAACUCCAGGAAAAGCUCUGUGCGGAGCUCCAUCCGGGCCCCAAAGUUCCUGGACAAAUCCAAUGGCUUCUACGGUCGCCUUGAUGAGCCUGAGACUGCCGGAGAAGGGGAGGAGGUGAUGAGAAAAGAAGUGGAGGAGAGGGGGAGUGGUACGGAAGAAAGCAACACACAGGGCAGCAACCAGAGCUCAAGUGUGAUGCAAAACUCUGGGUCACACAAGAGGGAAGAGGCCGCCGUGUUCGACUUCAACGAGGGAAUGAUGGAAGACGACGGGGAGACUCUCCUCCAGAGGAAGUCCAGCCGCCGCAGCAGCAGGUGGAGAAGAAGCUCCAGGAGGAAGCAGAAGGAGGGGAAAACCGAUGGGGAAGCAGCACGGGAUGAGAGGCCGAGCCUGGGCACAGCGAGUCCAGCUGACCCAGACGUCCUGGAGGACACCAGGGUGAUUAUUGAGGUAGAGAUGGAGAAAGCGAAGAAGAUGGAGGAAGAGAAGGCAGGAAGGGGGAAGGAGUCGACACUUGUGCACUUCCCGGUUCGGGAGGAUGCGGACGACCAGGUCCUGAUCAGAGAGAAGAAGAGGGGGAGAGAAGAGGAGGGGGAAGAGGAGAAGAGGAUGAAGAGGGAGCAAGAGGAGGGGAUGAAAAUGGUGAAGAGGAACACAGUGAAGAAUUACCGCAAGGCCUUGGACCGAGCUUUUCGUCGCGGCUGGGAGGCCUUCAUCACCAACCUCUACAGCGUCACGCUCACACCUGUGACAUCAUCCUCACCAACAUCCUCUUCACCUUUGUCGAAGAAGAAACAGCAGGACAACUCUGUGCUAGCCGAGUGUUGGUAGAACUGGAGAGUGACGUGGACAAUAAAACGACCCCCUCUCUAAUAUUUAGUUUUUUCAAAUCAUAGUUAUGCACUGAGUUGGGACGGACAGUCCUGCCUUCACUAGGGACUGUUAUAGUCACAUGAUGUGUUUGAGUCACGCAGUAGGCCUCAGAAGCAUUAAUUAUUUAUGUAGGUUACUGAGUCGUAAUUACUCAUCAUAAAAUGUACUGCCUUGUCUCAUUGUGGUGCACUUUGGUUUGCACACAGACUGCAGGGUAUUCAGUUUUACUUUAUGAUUGGGAGAGCCAAGCUGUUUAUAUUACAUUGAAGUCUAUGGGACGGGCUUGAAUGGAGAAGUCCGGUCUUUAUGUGACUGAGUUCAGCGGCUCCUGGUUCACCUCUACUAUGUUGCUAAGUUCAGAUUAUGUCUUUAGCUCCUUACAUUUGGUCCACUAUUAGGAGCCUAGAGCACAAAUAAUCCUUCCUUCCUUUGGUUUAGCACUAUGAAACUACCAAAGUGUUGAUGUGCAGCCAAAAGGAGUGGAAAUUUUCAACUGCAUACGCGAUGACUGAUUAGUGGACUUUAGUUCUGGAGAUAUUCACAUUUUUGUAUGUUAAUCAGUGCCAUUUAUUGCUGUUUGAUAGUUAAUCAGUAAAAAACAAAACAAACACACAGCUAAUCAGUGUUAGAUAUUGUGAUAGUGAUUAACACACAUUAGUAUGUUAAUAUCUGUGGAGAGAUUGCAGUUUUUUAGCAAUGUU